GUUUUUGAUGAUGAUGGCUGCCGUGGAAGUAUGACGACGAAAAGAUGAACUUUCGAUGGUUGACGAUUUAUAUAAGGUAUUGUGAAUGAAGAACUUAACCAACAUCUUGAAGGUGUGGUAGAGGACUUUGUGAUAAGAUGUGGAGUAGAUUUAGUAACUUGGCACAGAAUGUCCAAGAGAAAUUGGACACUGUUGUGGAUAACGUCAACAAGUCGUUGACAGAAGAGGAAGCCGCAGCUGCUGCAGCUGAAGCUGCAGCACAACAGGCUGGUUCACCAGCUCCCUCGAAGCCAGGAGAUACAGCAGUAACUAUGGAUACUGCAGAUGCUAGCUUCCAGUCAGCUACAGACGCAAGCUUUAUGACGCCCUCGGAUACAGAGGAGCAGUUGAUGGAACAGAAUAAACUUUUAGGCCAGUUGAAGGAUAUGAUAAGAGAGAAGGAUGCACAGUUGCGUCAAAAGGAAACAGAACUGAAGGAGAAUAAUGCUAAACUAUCGAAGUUUAAGCUUCAAGCCAAGGCCAAAAUAUCAUCCCUAAACAGUCAGAUAGAAGAUCUGAAGAAGUCUGAUGAAUCAUCAUCAUCUAGUCCAGUACAGGAACCAAAUAAAAGUUCAAACGGUGAUGAUGCAUCUUCACGUGCCAAGCUUCUGGUCAUGCGCAAAAAACUGGAAGAAAAAGAUAAAAAAGUUCUCCAGCUGGAAGAAAAAUUAAGUAAGACUCAAGUUUCUUUAGAAGAGAAUGUAGCUCUUGUACAAUCACAGGAAAAGACAAUCGUAGCCAAUCAGAAGCUCCUUGAGGAGCGGGAUGAAACAGAACGUAAAAUCCUGGCAGACCUUCAGAGUCGGGAAAAUGAACUAUUAAAGAAAGAUGCUGUAAUAGAGGCAAUGCGUUGUGCAAGUGCAAUGGAGCCUACCACACUUAAACCAACACCACAAUCAACAGAGGAGUCGAAAGACAAAGUUCAAGAAAUGUAUGCCCAACUUGUUUACAAAGACAAAAUGAUGAUUGAUCAAAACCAUCGGUCAUUGCAACUAGAAGCACAAAUAAUGGAACUGCAAGAACAUGUACGUAAUAAAGAUGAAGUCAUCCAAAGUAGAGAUAAGGUUAUACAGGUAAUGAGGGAAGAAGUUAAAAACAAGGAUGAAGUUAUUUCAAAUCAAAAUUCUAUAAUGGACAACAUGAGAUUAAAAUUUGAAAGUGGAGAUGAAAAAAUGACAUCUCUUGUUGACCAAGUCGAGGGGAAAGAAUCUCAAUUGCGAGAUGAGAGGGAGAAAUUUGAAAAGGAAAAACAACACAUUGAGGGAAGAUAUAAACAAAAGAUUGGCGAGUUAGAGUCAAUGAUGAAAUUUCAAGAAGAUAAAAUUGAAGCAUUAGAACUUGAACACAAGAAGCAACUUGAAAGCUUGAUUGGAAAAACAGAGAGUGAUGCACAGAUGGAAAUGGUAAAGUCGAUGGAACAACGAUUACAAGAGAAAGAAGAAACUAUAUCAGGAAAGAUACAAGUGGUUGAGAUGCUCCAAAGACAGAUUGAAGAAAAAGAAACCAUGAUUCAAGAGAAGGAUUCGUCUUUAAAAGAUGUUACUGAAAAGCUAGAAGUAGUGCAUCAGCAGUUUCAAGGCUUACAUUCUGAUGCAAUGUUGAGGGAGGAGAAAUGGAACCAAAGUAUGAAGGAAGUUGAAGAAAAAUAUAUAAAAGAAACAAACGAAAAGAACACAGCAAUAUCAGCAUUGCAAACUGCUCUUAAUCAGUAUGAGACAGCUUACAAGGAAGCCAGAACACAGUACACCACACUCCAUCAGAACUUUGAUAAAAACCAGUCAGAACUAGAGCAAACUAGAUUGCAACUUAAUCAAUCCCAAUCUGAACUGGAUCUGCUGAAGUCAAACAAAGAUGAAGAUCAGAGAUCAAAUACUGAGGAACUGACCAAGAGAAUUGUCGAACUGCAGGAAUUACUUAAUAAGACAGAUUUACUUCUGAAAGGAAAGGAAAAGGAGAUUGAAGAGUACAGAAAGAAAACAGAAGGAAAGAUGAUCAAAAUGAAAGCACAAGCAAAGGCAAAGAUCAAGACUUUAGAGCAAGAAAUAGAAGAGAUGAAGAAGGCUGCUCCUUCUGAUGAGGAGGUGAGUCAGUUAAAGCUACAGAUAACAGAGCUUGAGGAUGAGAAAGGCAAUUUACAACUGAAGCUAGUUGACUUUGAUGAAAUCAAGUUACAGUCUGAUAGACAGAAGGAAACAAUAGAACAGCUUGAAAAGAACAGGAAGGAACUUGUUGAAGAGAAAGAAGGAUUAAAAGAAAUGAUUGGUAACCAUCUUGAAAAUGAACAAGACUUGCACAAUAAGAUUGGAGUACUGCAGAAACAAGUAGAUGAGAACCAGGUAAACCAUGACGCCAAACAGAUGCAAAUACAGGAGAAGUUGCGUAGAGAUCUGGAGCAGGCAAAGAUCGACCUUCGGGAGAUGACAGAUGAAAAGGAUGAGGAGAGAAAAUCUCGGGUCAGUGUUGAGAGCAAGCUAGUAGAACUGAGCGAGAUUAAGAAAAAUGCUGUUAAACAUAUGGCUUCCCAGGAUAAGACUAUUGAGUCAUUGAAGGAACUCCUUGAGCAGGAACAGCUGACUUUGAAAGAUACAGAGAGAGAAAGAAGUAAGUUGCAGGAGGAGAAAGUCUCAAUGGAAAUGAGAAUGGUAGAGUUAGAAGAAGAAAAAGAAAAUUUAAGUUAUAAUAAAUCCAUGCUAGAAGAGGAAUUGCUUAAUCUGAAAGAUGAAAGGAACCAAGAACACAACAAAUUCCAAGAUGAGAUCAGCGCACUUAAGCAGGAAAUGGAGAGUGAGCAUAUGCCUAUUGUGGUCAUAGAGGAUGAGUGCAAAAUUUUACAGCAGAAGAUCAGUGACCUAGAGGGAAUAAAAGAGAGUUUGGAGUCCACAGUUAAGGAACUUCAAGAGACUUGCAAAAGUGAUAAGGAAACAAUAGACAAGCUGACAACUGAUCGAACUUUUUUGGAAAGCCAGGCCAAAACCAGAGAAAAUGAACAGAGGCUGAUGAAUGAGUCUCAUGUCAAUUUGGAGUCGCAACUUGGGGCUUUAAACUAUUCUAAAGAACAACUGGAACGAGAUUUACAGGACCAGGUGGAGAAGAAUACAGAUCUUCAAACACAGAUGAAUUCACUCAAUAGCCAAUUAACAGACACUGUUGAAAAACAUAGUAAAACGGUUCAAGAGUUUGAAAACAAAUUAUCAGAUAUGUCACGUAAUCUUGAUUUAAGUAAAAAAGAAGCUGAACUUUUCAAUGAGAAGCUUAAACAAACAAUGGAAAACCUGGAAGAAAUGGCAGAUAGGCUGAUGCUGAAAGAAGAAGAAUUAAAUGCCUCUACAUCUAAUCUCUCCAUAAAAGAAGAAAAACUUGCUGAAAUACAAUCAAAAUUUCAUGAUGUUAAGGUGAAGUUGUCUCAGAUGACUGAAGAAAGACAAAGUCUCGAAACGAAUCUGGAGCUACUACAACUGGACAUUGAGCAAGCAAAUUCCCAAGUUGAGAAUCAAAAAUCUAUAUUUCUUCUUGAAAAGCAGGAAAUGAAAGGAGUCCAGAAUGGAUUAGAACAGGAUAUCAGUGAACUUAAACAACAGUGCCUUAAUAAGGAUGUUGAGAUAUCUUCUCUUUCAGAUAGUGCUGCUGAUCAUCUUAGAGAAAUAACUAAACUUAAAGAUAUUCUUAAUGAAAAAGAGCAUUCAAUAACAUCAUUAGAAAAUGCUGUUAGCAAAGCUGAAAGAGAACUUGAUGUUUUGACAGAAGGUCAUAGUUCAGAAGGAAGGAAAACUGAAUCCAAAUUAGCAUCACUCUUAGAACAGAUAUCUGACCUAGAUACUGAAAUUGCAAAGAACCAAAAAGAUAUUGCAGACUUUGAAAAUCGUAUAGAACAUCUUAAUUUACAACUGGAACAGAAGAAAUCAGAGUUUGAAUCAAAGAACACUGACAUGGAAAACAUGAUGACCAAAUUUACAAAACAACUUGAAGAAAAAGAAAAACAGUGCUCAUCUCUACAAGAACAAUUAAUUACUUCAUUAAAAUUGGUUCAAGAAAAUGAAAGUUCUUAUCAGGAACAACGUAAAAUAGAAAAAGAUAAUUUUAAUUCAGUACAAGCUUCUUUGAAUAGUAAGAUGACAGAGGUACAAGAAGUGCAUAUCAAAGAAGUUGAAGAACUUAAAAAAGAACUACAGGGAAAAGUAACUGCACACGAAACUCUUAAGAAAAAGAUGCACACACUAAAAGACAAUGUUAAACAAAAGCUGGUGACAUUCCAAGAAAAUCUUAAGAUUUCAAAGAAAGAGUUGGAAGAAGUAAAGGCAGCAUUAGAAAAAGAAAAAGAAGUUGUUGCAAGAAAGGAACAAGAAAAGAAUGAGGAGAAGAUCCUCUUUACUGAAAAACUAGAGAAUUUAGAAGCUCAGUUGAAAGAAAAUGAAGCUCUUUUACUUGAGCAAGAACAACAAUUUGAACAAGAACAAAUUUCUGCAAGACAAGCAAAAGAAGAAAUGCAGCAGGAUAUUCAAGAAGGAAAAAUAAGUCUUAAAAUAGUUCAAAGUGAGAAAGAAGAAAUUGAGAAUUUGUUAAAAGGUCAAAUAGAAGAAAUGGAAAAACAAAAUAAGAUCUCGUCUCAGGAGCUUACAAAUUUACAAGAUCAACUUAAGGUGGCACAAUCUGAGAUUGAUGAACUAGUACAGAAGGCAGAAUUAGUACAAGUUGAAAAAGAUGAACAUGAUAAUGAUGUCACUUCUAAGCUUGCAAUUAUUGAAGGAGACUUAAAGGAAACAUCAGAGCAAUAUAGUCAGUUACAAGAAAAAUAUAUAAAUUUGACUAAAAUUUUAGAAGAGAAGGAUCAGUCAUUUAAUUCAGAAAAUGAUUCCCUAAAGGAAUUAUUACAGAAAUCAGAGCAUGAGUGUGCAGAAAUAUCAGAAAACUUCAAGGACUUGAGAGAAAAAUACCAAAUCACACUGCUAGGUGAAGAUGAAAAAGACAAGUCAUUGCAGUCUGCCAAUCACGAGAUUGCUUCUUUGAAAGAUUUGCUACAAAAGGCUGAAGAAGAUAGAAAAAUUCAGAUUCAGAAGGCCAAAGAAGAUACUGAAAACUUUAAAGCUGCUUUUCAACAGAAAACUGAAUCGUUUGAUUUGUUAGAAGAUGAAUUUAACAAAAGUAAAGAUGUUUUUGCUCAAGAGAAAGAGGAAUUAAAUUUAAGGAACAUAGCUGAUAUUGAGAAAAUAGAACAUCUUAAGGAAAACCUUAAUGAAAAGACAAAUAUGCUUCAUCAAGUCACACAAAAGAUUGUUGAUAAUGAAGAAGCGUAUCAUCAAGAACUCAAUCAGUUACAACAGCAGCUUGAUUUGGUUUUGUCAGAAAAAAAUAAUAUUUCUUCAGAAAUUGAGAAUUAUGAAAGGCAUAUUAAAGAAUACAAAGAGCAACUCAUUCAAAAUGAAGAAAGCUUUAAUUCAGAAAUAGUUUCUUUGAAGGAUAGUAUUGAAAUGUAUAAGAAAGAGGUUGAAAGAUUGCAAGGGAACUUCAAAAUUAAAGAUUCUGAAGUAAUGGAACUUAUUGAAUCACAUCAUGCGAAAGAAGAACAGUUGCAGAUGAAGCUGCAUGAUCUUAAGGAAGAGCACCACCGAGAGAAGAUCAAGAUAGAGUUGCUCGAGAAACAGACAAGCAGUCAAGAAUCACAACUAAGUAUUCAACUCUCGGCUCUAACAGAAGCCUUUGAAGGUUCCAUGGAAAGAAUUCAGAAUCUUGAAAGCCAAUUGAGAAGUAAAGAGAAUAUAAUAACUCAAUUAGAGCAGGUUGUAAAAGAAGAGAGAACCAGCCAUGAAAAUCAGUGUUCCAAGUUAGAAGAAAGUUUUGCACAAGUGAAAUCAGAUUUAAUUCGAAAAGAGGAGAUUCUGCAAAAUACAGACAAACUACUUCAAGAUAAGUUGGAACAGACAAGCAGCCAAGAAUCGCAACUAAGUAGGCAACUCUCAGCUGUAACAGAAGCCUUUGAGAGAUCAAAGGAAAGAGUUCACAGUCUUGAAAGCCAAUUGAGGAGUAAAGAGAAUAUGAUAACUCAAUUAGAGCAGGUUGUUAAAGAAGAGAGAACCUGCCGUAAUAAUCAGUGUUCCAAGUUAGAAGAAAGUCUUGCACAGGUGAAAUCAGAUUCAAUUCAAAAAGAGGAGGUUUUGCAAAAUUCAUACAAACUGCUUGAAGAUGAAUUAAAGGAUCAACAUCAUGAAUUGACAUCAAAACUUGAAAAUAGUAAUAAGAUUAAUGUACUAGCUGAAGAGCAGAAUCAAGAAUUAUUGAAAGAAUUAAAAAUAAAAGAUGAGAAUAUUCUGCAAUUAGCAACUGAGAUACAGUCUAAUAAUUCUAAAAUGUCUUCCAUGAAUGAUAGUCUUGUAACCUACUCUCAGAGAAUUUCAGAAUUGGAAAAUGAAUUGGAAAAUAGAUCCAUCCAGUUAGAGGAUCUUGAUGCUCAGAUGAAAGGACAUACUGACGAAUUUGACCAGCUAAACCAGAGUAUUUCUGAAAAAGAUUCUUUGAUAUUUGCACUGGAAAGUAAAUUACAGGAAGCUGCUAAAAACUCUCUGUCGGAAACAGAUGGGGUGAUAUCUGAAAAAGAGGGUGAGCUUGAACAAGAAAGACAGAAAUUUAAGACAGAAAUUACCAAAUUACAGGAAGAAAUGCAAGGAUUGAAAGUUAAAUAUGGAAAGCUUUUAACAAAAGCUAAAGAAGUUAAGCUUCAACAUGACAGUGCUAAACAAAACAUAGAGACUUUGUCCAAAGAAAAGGAAAAUCUGCAAACAGUGGUUGAAGAGAAGCAAGAACUAUUGAACCAACAAACAACCAUGAUGGAUAGUCUUAACACCAGACUUUCUGAUGUACUACAACAAAAAGAAGAAUCUGAAUCCACUGCUAAAAAACAAAAGAAACAAUUGUUGCAAUUAGAAAAUGAACUUGAAGCAGUGAAAGAACAAAAUAAUGAAGGAGAUAUUGAAAGAGAUCAACUGAAAACGCAAUUGCUUGCCCUUCAAGACAAGACUGAACUCCUUAAUCAAGUACAAGCGGAACUAAGUGCAUUGAAAUCAGAAAAUUGUGAUAUUCUUGCUGAGAAAGAAGAGGAAAUUGAACGAUUAGGACAUGUUAGUAGUGCUCUAAAGGAAAGUGAACAUCAAUGUACAAAUCUUACAAAAGUGAAGGAGAAUCUCUGCGACCAGAUUGAGGAGCUUAAAAUACAGCUAGAAAAACUUGAAGAAACUAAUGUACAUAACUCAAACAGUAUAAGAUUACUUACAAAACAACAUGAAAAUGUGACUGAAGAAUUAAAUGAAGAAAGAAAUGCCAGAGAUGCUAUCCAGAAACAGAAUGAAAUGCUGAAAACGCAGUUGAAGAAAUCAAGUGAGGUUCAAAAAACAUUAGGCAGAGAGUUAGAAGAAAUGAAAAAGAAAAAGGAUGAGUACAAUGAGGAUGUUGUUCGUAAACAAGAAGAUAAUUUUGAACAAAAAAUUGGAGAGAUGAAGAUCGAAUAUGAAAGUCUUCGACAAUCGCAUGAUAAGAAUUUUCAAGAGAAGACAUCUCUUAUGACAGAAUUUCAAAAGGAAAAAGCAAAAUGCGAUGCAUUGACUGAAGAAAUGAAUGAGCUACAAAAGAAACACAAUGAAGUUGUUUCUUCUGUUAAAGAAAAUGAGAAGGAAGUUGACAUGUUAAAAAACCAACUUGCAGUUACAAAAGAAAAACUAAUACAGCUGCAAAAUGAAAAAGCGGGAGAAAGGGAUGAAGCAGCUGCCAUCAAAUCUCAGAAUCAAGAACUUCAGAGUACUCAGAAAAAUACCAGUAGAAAAGUUAAGGAACUACAGUCAAUGAAUCACCAGAUGUCAACUGAGAUCAUAACCACCAAAGAGGAGAUCAGCCGACUUCAAGGAGAGGUAGAGCACCUUAAAAUGGCAUCAGAAAAAAUAAAGUUGUCAAAAGAGGAAGAAAUUGCCAGACUUCAAGAGGACUUGGAUGAAACACAGAAUGAUUGGCAAGCAAAAUACAAUGAAGAUAUUCAGAAAUUGAAAGAAGAAUAUGAAAUCAUAAAGAAAGAAUGCAGUGUCAUGAUGGAAGAGAAUGCUAAGUUGAUGUCUGAGAAUGAGAAAAUGAAAUGGGACCAUGAUGAAGUACAAGCUGAAUAUGAACUUCUACAAGAAGAUCAUAACAAAUCAAUAAUCGAAAUUGACAAUUUGAAGCUGCUACAAUCAGAACUCCAUAAUGAUAGCUCUAGUAUCCAAGAGGAAAGAGAUAAUGUUAAAGAAGAAUUUGAAAAGUGCAAACAAGAGCUUGAAAGUGUCUGUACUCUCUCUGAAGAUAUGAAAGCUCAGAAACAAGUUCUUGAAGGCAGAAACCAAGAACUUCUACAUGAAGUAGAAAAACAAUCUAGAAUGGCAAAACAAGAAGAGGACCUUAUAGCAGAAAUUGAAAAACUUAAAAGAGAAUUAAGGUCCACUAGAGAGCAGCUAGAUAUAAGCUUUGAAAGCAAUCAGAAAUUAACUUCAAACCAAAGUGAUUAUGAAAAAGAACGCUCCAAAGCAAAAGUUACUGAAAAAGAAAUCUUAGAAGAAAUGCAUGUACUAUCUACUGAGAACCAGCACUUGAAGUCUAGUGUAGACAGUCAAAAUAUCCAGAUUGCUCAGUUGACAGAACAUUUAAAACAGACCAAAUUGACUGCUGAUUACUAUCAGGCAAGAAAUGAAGAAUUAACUGAGAAAGUGGAGGAGAUGAAGGAGACAAUGCAUGAAAUGACAACUGAAAGCUCUGUUCAAAAGACCAUGACUGCUCCAGUUGGAAUUAUCCCAGAAAAACCACCCACUACUGAUAUUGAAACUGAAAAACUCCAAGAGGCAUAUGAUUCAACUGUAAAGCAGCUUCACAGUGCUUUAGAGAAACGUGAUAACUUGACACACAGUCUACAUCUACGUGAAAUGAGAUGUCAGGAGUUAACAUCCCAGAUUGCAUCUGUAGUAGAGGAGCGAAACAACUUGUCAGUGCAACUUCACAACACCCACCGGGCCUUGCGUGACACAGAUAAUCAUAACAAAGAACUUGAACUCUGUUUGAAUGCAGUGGAGCAACAGAUAGCAAAUAGUCAGGUAUCAAAUAUUAUGAUUGUGGAAGAAACAGCAAUUAUCCCUCACCAAGCUAAGGUUCAAAUGUCAGCUGCACCUCCACAACACGAGGACCAAUCAAAAGAUCUUUUACAAAGUGAUUUAAUUGCAGUUAGCAAAAGACUAGAAGAAUCUGAACAAGCUAGAUCAGCGAUGGCUAAGGAAUUCACCAAACUUGAGUCGCAUGCCAGUCCUCCAUUAAGCAUGACAGAUGAUGGGGAGGCGGCAGUUGAAGUCGAGCAAAAUAAAAGAUUACAGUUAGAAGAGGCCCUAUUUAAGGCUCAAGACCAGCUCAAAUUUGAAGCUAACAAACUACCGCCCUCAACUUCAGAUUACAGCAGCAUUAUGAUAGAAGAUGUUGGUGGAGCGACAUCUAUGCUUCCCCAUUCAUCAGAUACUGUUCUCAGUAAGAAUACAUUACGUACUUCACUGGUAUAUAAACCAAAUUUUCUUCGGGCUGAUACAACCCUUGCUCGUCAUGCUUAUUCAUUUACAUCUCAUGUGAAACGUUGGUGCCAAGGUCGAAACUAUUACUUCCAACGGAAAUGUCGUCAAAAGCCCCAGUUGAGACCAAUCUUGGCUGUUUACCUAUUCUUAAUUCAUGCUGCUCUCGUUUAUAUGUUAUACAUAUGCUAAGAGGCUACAGUUAGUAUUGUGUUAUAAGAUGACAAGUAAUCUGGAGACUAUGUUAUUACCAAUGACCUAUGACAUGACUAGCAUGAUUGAAUAAGAUGGUGUUUACAAGUCAGUUUUUUCUAACUGGUCAGAAGAGAGCAGUACUAUGAAAUUCAAAGCCGAUUUUUAUUCCAGACUAAGGAGUUUGAUGACAUCCAAAACAUAAUUAUAUUUACGCUUAUGCUUAUACGAAUGCCUCAAUUAUAUUAAACCAUCCCAGUCAAAAAUCUAAAGCAUGCUAUUCAUUUUAAAUUAUAGCAGUUAUAACUAAAGACAGGACCUGAUAUAUCAAAGCGGUCCAACCAUCGGUAUAUGCUACACGCACACACAUUUUGUUAUGCGUUGAACUAUAAAUGUUGUUGGUCAAGUAAGCUAGUUGUAUGAACCUCUGUUUUUAAUUGUGUAUCCUCACAUUGUUGGGUUCUUUUGUUAAUGAUUUUCAAGUGCUUCAGUGUAAGAUUAUACCCACCUUAUUUUAUAAGAAAAUAGAAACUUAUAUUACUGUAUAGGAAUUUGUUGCACUUAUAUUGUCAAAAACAUAGUAGUACCAUUUCUAUAGAGACAGAUACAAGUCAGAUAGGACAUUUUAAAAAUAAAAUUUGUAUUUAUUCAGAAUAUUAAAACAAUAAUUAUUGUCACUGUAUAAUUAUUACAUAAUUAAAACAUUAAUAGCUAUAUUGUUAAAAUAAUUUUAAGUUGUUAAAUUUUCUUUUAAAUGUUGUUAUGGUAGCAGGCUCAUUUUACAAAACCUUAGCACAUAGUGUAAUAUAAUAUUUUACAAAAAUUAGAUAUUGAAAUGGUUGUUAUAAGUAUGAAUUAUAGUGUAUUUAAUUAUUUAAAUCGGGAGUUUAAAAUCUGUUUAAUGAAACUCUUGUUCAAAACUUGUUUUCAAUCAUUUUAUAAUAAUCUUCAGAAUGUAUUUUCCCUAAUAUUUUCGAAAUUUUCACAACCUUUCCUUUAAAAAUGAGUUUCUGUAUUCUGUUUUAAUAUUUUUAAAACCAUGAUCCAUUGUAUGACACCUUGUAUAGUAAGUAAUAUAUUGAUUAUUAUUGAAUAUAGAUAUGUGCUGGGUCAUGUUUUCAGAGUAAACAUAAUCAUGUGUAGUACUAUUAAAUGCAAGUGCAUGUGAUUUUCAGAACUAACAACUAAGGAAAUAUAUUAUAAAUUUUAUGAAAUUAUAUAGCAUGUGCAUACUAAUUUACUUAAUUAAUUCAGUAUGUUUAAUUAAUAAGGAUUGUGGUUGUUGUUCAAGGCUGGACAACAUUUUUGGAAAAUUUGUUUUUUAACAUUUGGCUUGCUUAAUUUGUAAGAAUGCACAAUCAGCACAUGAUCGGGUGCACAAACGCAUGCAUGACAUGUGCACUUAGCAACAAUUUGGCAUCUAUGACACAAGCCUGGGUUCCAGGCCCUAAUUUUGGGUUACUCACUGUUUAUUGCGCUCAGUGCGCGCCAUACCUAAUUUAAUUGGCGUCCGAUACUCGAUUUCUUUUUUAUUCCGUCUCUCAUUGGUAGCGUUGUUGGCGUUGACCAGAAUGAAAGAAAGAUCAUAAUAAUAAGAGACUUGUGCCAUGUCUACCAUGACACUUGUUAUUUGUUACACUAGGGCUUCCUCCAAUCUCUUGGUUCCCCAGUCUUGUCAAGUAAAACCACGUGUUUACAUACGUAAACACGGUUCUUUUGUGGGAUCUUAGCAAAAAAUAUCAAAGGGGUAUGGCAACUUUUUUCAGUAGCUGUGAGCCGUGCAUAUGGCUAUUAUGAUUCUCUAUGGCAUUUUGUGCAUUUUGACCAAUUAAGCAUUAGGCUUACAUCAUCAUUAUGAUUUCGUUGUAAUAGCAGGUGUGCUUGAAGUACCCCUACGUAUGUCGUAUAGUGUUAGCAAUUCAUUUGAUUAAUUGCUAUUUGAUUAAUUAGUGCUAUUGGUUUGCUUAUUUACUCAAUAAAAUAUUAACAGUGUUAGUUAAGUGAUUAUUAAUCGUCUUAUUCUUGGCGUUUCUAAUCAAACUGUUUUAAAUUUACCUUUUUUAUUUCUAAAUCGUGCAUUACUGUUUUUUUACCCAUACCAAUUGUGUUGGUCCGCAUUUCCAUAUUUGUCGUCGUAUAUAUUGGUUAAUUCAUUUAUUUGUUGGGUUUCAUGUGUAAUAUUAAGAUUUUUAUUUAUGUACAUUUUUGCCGAUACAAGGUAUUUUACUGUUGUCGCAUUCUGUGCUGUAGACAAUACCCAUGCAUGGCACCACAUCAACUUUUGUUGCAAGAUAAGCACUUACAAAUACGAACAAUAAAUACAUCACGAAAAUA